UGGUAGGGUAAAUGCAGGUGCAAGAAGGAACGAAUCAGGGUUGGGGAAGACCAAGUUUAAAAUGAGAUUGGUUUAUGAUCAUUUUUUCGGUUUCCAUCCAGAAAACCUUCAACACAAUUACCUUUUUUCAAUUUAAUGGCUGCAGAACACCAAAUAUCCAUACCACCAGCUGAAGAAGAAGCUGAUGACCAAGUGGAAAAACUGUUUUCCAAGUUGGCUUUGCUGGAACGGUUUAUGGAUGAAGCAGAGAGGAGGAGUUUGAAGGAGACGGAGGCCAAGGAAUGGAUGAAAGAAUUGAUGGAUUUGUGUUAUGCGGCUCAUGAAUGGUGGGAUGAAUUUAGAAUCAUCAGUACCGAACACAAAAAUGUUGUUCUUAAUGAUUGGGUGGAUGAUGAUGAGGCGGAUGAUGAUAAUGAUGAUGAGAAAGCAGAGCAAAGUAUGAUGAAGAAAAUGAUGACACUGAUUAAGUUUUCUUCAAAGAAGGUGCGUUCUUUUGUUCCGUUUCUUUGCUUUCGCCUCAAAAAUGUUUUGGUAAAAAGUGAUAAUGAUCUGAAAACAAAGGUUUUGAAUGACAAGUUAGAUAAACUUUUGCAAGAUGCAUCUCAAUCCAAGGUUUUCAACUUGACAAGUAAUGUUAUUGGUAGUAGUAGUAGUAGUAGUAGUGAUAAUGUUCAAUGUCUUCCAAUUAUUGCUGCUACUCUGCGACUUGAUAAUUCAAUCAAGUUUCAUAAUGAAGAUCAAUUUCGGUUUUUACUUAGAACCGUAAUUAGAGAGAGUGAGCAAAGUUUAUCUGUGACGAGGGUCAUCACUAUAGGAGGAAAACCGGGUUUAGGAAAGACCACAACAGUUAAGCUAAUAUAUAAUGAUGAUAAAGUGAAGCAAUGCUUUCAACUUAGAAGAUGGGUAUCCGUAACAGGCAAUUUGAAAGAAUGUUUGGAAAGAAUCGCCAAGGAUAUCAUCGGGGUGAGCCAAGAAGAAGGCGGCGGCAUUCAAGUUUCGGGGCUGUCAUGGAAAUCAUUGUUCCGUAUCAUAGAGGACUUCAUUUCCAAGAUGAAGUUCUUGGUUGUCAUGGUCCUCAUGGAUGAUGAUGUCUGGGAUGAGGAAGACUUCAGUCUUUGGGAACAACUUAACGAAGUCCUCAAUCAUGGUGCUCCAGGAAGCAUAAUUCUCGUGACGUCGCAUAAUCAGAAGACACUGAACAGAAUUGGAAACGUUGGCUGUAGUAUGCAUCCUAUGCCUUUAGAGCAAAGCUGGCAAAUGUUACAAGAGAUAUCAUUGUCUAGAAGACCCGAGUUGCGCGAAAGCGUGGAGGUGAUCGGGAGAGACAUUUGUAAAAAGUGUAAUUGCUUCCCCUUUGCUGUAAAGAUUAUUGCAACUCAUUUACGGUUUAAGAACACUGUGGAAGAGUGGAAAGAAGUUCUCAACCAUGAACUGUGGGAACAAUGUCACUUUGAGGAAUCCGCGGUAAGGAUCAGUUACAACGACUUACCCUUGCCAUUACAACGUUGCUUCUUAUAUCUGGCAUCCUUUUCUAGAGAAUUCGUGUUCGAUGUUGAUCAGCUCUUGAGGUUGUGGAUGGCAAAAGGUUAUCUUGGUCCUCCAAGUCAAGAUGACAAAAGGAAGAGAAAGAAAGGUCUUGAAUACUUUUCCCAAUUGAUGAACCGUUCUUUCUUUCAUAACUUUGUCAAGGGUUCUGUUCAUAAGAACAAGAUAAUCAGUUUCCAGAUGGAUGCUAGAGUUCAUGACUUUGCUGCAGUGAUUCUCAAAUCGGAACCAUCAACUACUCCUGAAGUCGUUGACAAUGGAAAGAUGCCUAGUUAUCUCAUUGUUUCUCAUCCUAAUGGCCCCAAGGAAUUGUUUAGGCAGUUUGAUCAAUUUAGAUUCAUAAAAGUAUUGGAUCUAUCUUCUUGUCAACUAAGACAUCUCCCAAACGUAGUAGAAAGGUUGAUACUCUUGGAAUACUUAAACUUGAGUAACAAUCAAUUGAAACAUUUGCCUGAAGCUGUAUGCAAUCUGUAUUAUCUUCAGUUUCUUGAUGUUCAUCUCUGUUACGUAUUGUCCCACCUUCCUCAUAGGAUCCGAGAGUUUCAACAGUUGAAACACCUCAGGAUGGACCACACAACAGAUGAGUUACAACAAAUGCCGCGAGGAUUUGAGCAAUUGACUUCCAUUCAAACACUGGAUGUCUUCAGGGCGGGUGGAAAGUACAAUGACAUUGCAGUGUUGAAGGACUUUAUUAAUCUUGAAGAGAUCUGCAUUGUCAUUCAUGGAAAAGUAAAGUUGGAAGACGCAGCACUGGAGAGGAAAACUAAGAUAGAAAGCUUAGAAUUAUGUUUUGUAGGGGAAGGACUUGAUGUAGCAGUGGUGACAUCAGUCAGGCAAAUGGAACCGCCUCCAAACCUAGGAAUGCUCAAGUUGGAGGGUUAUCAAGGACUGGAACUCCCAAAGUGGAUAGUGGCACCUCCUCUCCUGGAUAAAUUGACAAGAUUGACUGUAAGAUCGCCUCUAAAUCUUGUUUCCUUGCCUGAGCUGUGGAAAUUGUCAUCUCUUACAUUUCUCUGGCUUUAUGACAUUCCGAAAUUAAAACACCUGGAUCGGGAAUUCUUUGGUCUGCCCAAGCCUAGAAAGAAGGAGGAAUGGGAAAGCGAGGACGAUGUUGAGUAUUUCAUUCCAAAGAGGGUAGUGUUUCCCAGUUUGAUAACAUUACGAAUUGAGUAUAUGGAGAAUUUAGCAACAUGGGAGGAUCUAGGUAAAGGUGAAGAGAAGUACUACAGGAAAUGCACAAUCAUGCCAAACCUGGAGGAGUUUGCUAUCAAUGGCUGCAUGAAGCUAGAUGCGCUACCUGAUCACAUCCUUGGAAGGAUGCCUACGGUGAACAUUACCCGCGAUGGCCAGACUUACUCAAUUCCUAAGGAAAAAAAGGCGGGAGGCUUAUUCCAUUUCAAAAGGUGACCGGUUUGAUAUUGGAAGCAAUGAAUGAAGUAGUGAAAGGAGUCUAAAGAAAAAGCCACAAAGCUACCUACAUUUGCUUCCUUCUUUCCUUCCCUUUUCAACGUUUUGUCCUUCAAUUCAUGUUUGUGGUCCCUAUAUAAUGCUAUGGUUUUUU